UUCAAGUUUGCGUUGGCUUUUGUUUUGUUCCAUACUGGUUGGAAUUUUUGGCCUGCUGUGCAGUCUAUCAAAUACUUUUGUAGUGUUCGCUUGUUCGGAUGUGGCUUUUAUGCUACUAGAACAAUUCCUGCAAAGUUUCGAAAGUGUUUUACCGAAAAAAAGAUGGCAGUUUACUUGAUACCAAAAAACCGAUUAUUACUGAAGGCGGCAAAUUUAAAACCACUCCCCAACAAAUGGUCUACCAAAUGGACGGUGGUACGACGCUCGAUUUCAAGCAGCAGACACCAGGAGCAAGGCUCCAAUCAGCAGCACUCCAGUCAUCAUCAUCAUCAUCAACAGCAGCAGCAGCAACAACAGAAUCAACAGUCGAAAGGUAAAUUUGUUAGAAUACAGAAAAAAUGGAGUUGGAAAGCGGGUGCCGGUUGGACUAUAUUAUCCGUUUUGGAUUGGUGGUUACUAGCUGCCGGCAGUUGGCUGACAUGGCGAGGUGUUUUCCUUCGUUGGACCCCGCUAGGUAUUUGUAUGAUAGCAGCCGCCCAGUGGCACCUUCACAAUCGUGAACUGGACAAGAAGGGUCUGCCGAGAACGGCCGCCCCGUGGCAGAUGAACGUGUAUUGUUCGCUUCCAUUGCGGCUUAUGAGUAGGUGUUGGGGCUGGCUAGCCGACUGCCGAGUGCCAACGCCUGCCAGACCACUUAUUUACGGCCUGUAUUCGACUGCGUUCGGGGUAAACAUCGAGGAAGCUGCGUCAUCCGACUUCAAAAACUAUCGUAGUUUGGCCGAAUUUUUCACACGAUCGUUAAGGAGUGAUGUUCGCUAUAUUGAUCCUCAGAGCUGCAUCGUUUCACCCUGCGACGGACGGGUGCUGCAUUUUGGUUCCGCAACCGAUUGUCAAAUCGAACAGGUGAAAGGUAUCUCCUACAGUCUGGAAGAAUUCCUCGGACCACCGACGUGGUGCGGAAAGGAGAGCCCCAGCUUGAUCGAUAAGCUCAAGAAAAAAUCACCCGACCAUGUGCUGUAUCAGUGCAUCAUCUACUUAGCUCCCGGUGACUACCAUCGGUUCCAUUCUCCCACCUCCUGGAAACCAGAACUGAGACGACACUUUUCCGGAGAGCUGCUCUCGGUCAGUCCUAAGGUUGCUCAGUGGAUGCCGGGGCUUUUCUGCAUUAACGAACGGGCCCUGUAUAUUGGCAAAUGGAAACACGGAUUCUUUAGUUUCACCGCUGUCGGCGCAACCAACGUCGGCUCGGUGCAGAUCUACAUGGAUCAGAAACUUAAAACUAACAAAUGGGUCGGCUUGGAAAUCGGAUCUCAUCGCUGUACAGAAUAUGAUGAAUUGUCGUUGCCGAAUGAUACGUUCCUGAACAAAGGUGAACUGCUUGGUCAAUUUAAUAUGGGUAGUACCGUCGUGUUAAUCUUCGAAGCUCCACGAGAUUUCAAAUUCAACCUCCAACCUGGCCAAGUCGUCAAACUAGGGCAGCGUUUGGGAUGCACCGGUGAAAACGACGAUGAAAGUGAAGAUCAACAGAGAGUUCGAAAACUGAUCGAAUCAUUAUGAGCAAUGGUUUUGGUACGAGUGUGGGCACACCGUCGAGAGCUGAUCGAAUAUUUUUGAGCAGUCGUGUUGCGCAAAACGACUACUGACAGAAAACAAGCAGUUUUAUUAGUCCACAGCUAGAAUAUUUGUGAUAUUUUACAGACACAGGAUACUGAUUCCCAAGUAAAAAUCUAGAUAGGUAGAAUGAACAAAUUGAGCUAUUCAAGUACUGUUUGACAACAUUCAACAGGUUCGUAAAGUUCGUAGUACAUAUUGUACGUGUAUUCACCAGAGUAUAAACAGUAAUAGAUUUCCCACAUAGCUUUAUCUAGUGCUAAAAAGUGCCAUCUAGUUCGUCGAAAUGCGUCGUUGCUUCUGGCAGGUUUCGAAUUGUGCAUAGUAAACAUUAUUUCGACAUCGUGCAGAUUAGACUAUUUCAUAUAGUGACUAUUAUCAUUAGAGUUUGAACACAUAGUAAACAUAUAUAGAGAGAUUAUAUGAAUAAAUAAUUUUCAUACUA